CCUGCGAAUGGUUGUAAGGCUCAGUUACUGAGUUUGUAGACCAGUCCAAUUGCUCUCGAAUCGUUCUAGCUGCCAAGGAUUUCUGUGUAUGAGAACAAGAAGAAAUUGACUAAGUACAGUGCAUGACAGUUUGAAGGUCAUCUCAAUCAGGAUGGGAAAUGGAAUGAACAAGGUUCUACCAGACCUCUAUUUGGGCAACUUCAAAGAUGCAAGAGACAGAGAACAACUAGCAAAACACAACGUCACACAUAUUCUCUCCAUCCAUGAUACAGCUGCUCCCAUUCUUCAGGAGAUGACCUAUCUGUGCAUUCCGGCAGCAGACCUGCCCACACAAAACCUCACGCAGCACUUCAAAGAGAGCAUCAUAUUCAUGCAUGAAUCUCGUCUAAAGGGCGAGGGCUGUCUGGUUCACUGUCUGGCAGGAGUGUCCCGUAGCGUCACGCUGGUGGUGGCCUACAUCAUGACCGUGACCGGUCUGAGCUGGACGGAGGCUCUGGCUGCGGUGCGGGUGGCGCGCCCCGGCGCAGGACCCAACCAGGGUUUCCAGAGGCAGCUGCAGGAGUUCGACAAGAACGAGGCACAGCAGUACAGAGAGUGGCUGAGCCGGGAGUACAAGGAGAACCCAUUUGAUGACGAGGUGCAUCUCCGCAGCCUGCUGCUCCAGGCCUCUGAGCCCGUCACACCGCAGGACACCUGAACCAAACUCCUCCUGCGAACACCCCAUCCAUUACCGAUGGACACACACACACAGGGUUGGAGCCUCCCCAGAUAACUGUGCUCAAAGACCUGACAUACAUUUGUCUGUGGGUUCCCAUCUUUGCAAGAUGAGUCGACCAUCGUACAUGAUUCCAGAGGAAGGGCUUUGGGCAUCAGAGCUUGUGUGUAAAUGGUCUGUUUUAUGGCAUAGCACUGUUAUUCAAACCUGCUGUUAUGUUCUUUACUGCCUACAUAUGUGCUAUGUUAAAGCGCUAAUCCACUUUGCUUCACUUCUGAGUUUUGUUAUUAAUGAUUAAUGACCUUUAUUUCAUUUUUUCUGUACCUUGCAACUCUCCAUAACUUUUUCUGGAUCAACCAUUAAGUUCAUUAGCAAACUGAAUGAAUGUGUGUAUUCUGCCUUGUCCAAAUGUCCAAGAGACACUAAAGCCCUGCCUGUGGAGAGUGUUUUUUAAAGACAUCACCACAUUUUCAUAGAAAUACUUGUUUGAAAUGUGCUGUCAUCAUCACUGCCAUAGGUAUGAAGUGAAAGGAAGUGUGUGGAGAGCUCUGUUCACAGUGAACUGGGAGCACAGAACCCACAUAAAUACAUGAAUGGCAGGUAGAGAACUGACAUUAUUUAUUUUCAUUAUUGAUAAAAUUUUACAUGUAAAGCUAUGGUUAUGGUCUGAACCAAAGUUGUAUUUGAUGUUGAGAGCAAUGUCAUUAAAGAGACUGAAGAAGUGUGA